AUGUCGGAAUUUGUCAAAGAGUCUAGAGAAAGAACUACAAAUUUGGAGACUGCAGUUCAAGAUCAUGGGAAGGCAAUUCAGAACAUGGAAGUCCAUCUUAGUAAAAUGGCUAUUUCCCUUCAGAUAAUGCAAAAAGGUAAAUUCCCCAGUUGUCUUGAGAAUAAUCCAAAGGAGGAAUGUAAAGCCUUAACAUUAAGGAGUAGGGAAAAGUUGGCCACUCGUUUGAUAAAUGAUGAUGAUGAUGAACCAUUUGAAAAAAAAGUAGAAGAGCUUAAUGAUGAACCUAGUGAAAUGAAAGAACCUAAGGAAGUUGCUAAGGAAGAGCAACCAAAGAAAAAGGCAAGUGAACCAUACCCAUCUUCAGAUAUUUUGUUAAAGAAAAAGAAAUUUGAACAGUAUGAGAUGAUUAGUUUGACAAAGGAAUGUAGUGCAAUCUUACAAAAGAAGCUUCCUCCAAAAUUAAAAGAUCCAGGGAGUUUUACUUUAUUGAAUUGGAAUUCCCCACAGCAGAAGAAACUUGGAUUGAAGAAGGUGAAGCCUAUCACAAUUUCCUUACAAAUGGCCGAUAGAUCUUUAGCAUAUCCUCAAGGUAUUGCUGAAGAUGUUCUUGUUAAGAUGGGCGAACUUAUUUUUCCUGCAGACUUUGUGGUUUUGGACAUGGAGGAGGAUUAUGAGAUUUCCAUCAUUUUGGGGAGACCUUUCUUAGCCAGGGGGAGAGCAAAAAUUGAUGUUGAGGAAGAUUUGACAUGUUUGCUAGUGAUUUCUAGGAUUUAUGAUCGAGAAGUUAAUUAUACUCAAAAUAAGCUAAAAAUGACCAAAUUAGGCUUAAAGGAGUCAAAAUUGAACAAUGGAUCAAAGGGAGUGAAGAAAAUAGAGGAAAAAUACAAUGUUCCAAAGAACAAAGGAGCCUUGCAACACUACAGUAGGAAGCGAGAUUUGAUGCAAAAAGGUAGUAACUACACUUUGGGAUGCAGCAUUGCAACGGUUUAA